GUGCGCACGUAGGACGUCGCGUAUGCGCAGACGCUUGGCGCAGAGACCUGGCGGAAGCCAAGAUGGCGCGGAACAGGUCUGCGGGCCGCGCUUGGUCCUUUCUCUGCGUCUGAGCCGAGUUCUUUGGAAGGGACUGUGGCAGACGCCCUGCGUGCCGCGAUGGCUCGGCAUCGGAACGUCCGAGGAUAUAACUACGAUGAAGAUUUCGAAGAAGAUGAUUUGUAUGGCCAGUCUGUGGAGGAUGAUUAUUGUAUUUCACCAUCAACAGCUGCUCAGUUCAUUUACUCACGACGUGACAACCCUGUAGAAGAAUAUGAUUAUGAAGAUCUGAAAGAGUCUUCUAAUUCUCUUUUAAAUCACCAAUUAAGUGAACUUGACCAAGCUCGUCUGUACUCAUGCCUUGAUCACAUGCGAGAGGUGCUGGGAGAUGCUGCGCCCGAUGACAUACUGAUUGAAGCGAUUCUGAAAAACAAGUUUGAUGUCCAGAAGGCUUUGUCAGUGGUUUUGGAACGAGACAAUGUGCACAGUGUGAGGGAGAAGAGCGAAAGAGCAGUAUCUGCAGGAAAGGCCUCAAAAGGAGUCUUAUUUUCUUCUAAUGAAGUUUCAGUUGAAAAUGUUCAAAAUUCUUGCCCUCAAUCAGAAAAUCAUUUGGAUAGCAGUAGCAAAUCUUUUGAUUAUUCUAGUGCAAUAGCAAAAUAUGGAUCACAUAAUUCUUCACUUGUGCCAAGUCACUAUUUACUUCAUAGAAAAAAGAAACUUGACAGACCCCAAAGUGAAAAGGAACUAGAAUCAUGUAAGUUAACAAAGGAGCUGUCCCUGACACCCCUGACUGAUGAUGUGCCAAGAGAUCCUUGUACACGUCAGCCGUCAGUCAGUCUGUCCCCCACAGUCAGUCUGCAGAGUGGGCCUUGUAAGACUCCAGAUGGUCCUGCAUCUGAGUGUGCUCCCGAGGAGGAUUUCACUUUCAAAGGAAUACCAGACUUAAAGUCCUUAAUGAGAGGGAACAUAGCAGCCAGUGGUUCUCUGGGUGUUCAAAGCAGUGUGCUACCUGAUUUUCAAAGCAUGCCACUGCAGACCAUCUUGGGAAGUUUAAAUAACCCGUUGCACUUACCUGUCUCAUUGGAAAAUAAUUUUAAUCCCAGUAUAAACACCGAAGCUGGACAAAGUGCCAAGAAUAAUAUUGUAAAGAAUAACAGUUUACCAUUUUCCCAGUGUGAAAGUCUAUCCCUAGCUGAGCUGGUUGAGGAACACAGAGAAAACAGUCCCAGCCAGUGCUUUACUUUAUCCGACCUGUGUAACCAGUCACCUGCUAGCUUGGGGUCCCUUCCCCUGUCACAACUGGCAACCCGCUCUCCGUCUUCUAAUGAAGUAUCAGAGUUAACAGGAUCUCUGUCAUCGUUGGCGUUUUCCAAAACUUCUCCCACAAGAGACCUGGAGAAUUUGUCCCUUUCUGAUUUGAUUGCAAAAACGAUUGAACUAGACAACUCUCCGAUUAAGAGAGAUUCCUUUGAGCUCAGUUUAUCUGAAUUGAGGAAUCCUGGAAUUGAUUCAAAUAUUGAUCUUAGUGUCCUGAUAAAAACUCCAGAGUUUGUUUCAAAGCCUGUAGUUGACCCAUCAGUUGCUCCAACAGCAGACACUAAAGUUCUAACUUCAAAGUUAGGGAAAAAUUCCAGUUCUACUAAGGAUAGUAAGAAAAGUAAAAGACGUUCCCCUGCUAAGAAAGCACCGUUGUCUCUGGCGUGGACCAAGGCUCUUGCUGCUAGGCCUUCAGCUUUUGCUUCAACGCUGUGUCUUCGUUACCCGCUGAAGAGCUGCAAGAGGCGCACUCUUGACCUCUACAAGACUUUCCUUUAUAGCAGACAAGUUCAAGAUGUAUCGGACAAAGAAAUGAGUCCUCUUGUAGCAAUAACACCAUUUGACUUCAAAUCAGCAUCCCCGGAUGACAUUGUAAAGGCCAAUCAGAAGAAAGCAUUUACUAGAGAAUAGUAAUGAGAGGAAAACUCAGUUACUGUUGCAAGCUUUUUAAUCUUAAUGUAAAGUCUCUGUAGGAUCAUUUUCGAUUAUGGGAUCAAAUUGUGAUUUUUAUUAAAAUUGUCUUAAGUCCAUUUUAACAACUUAAGUUGGUAAGGAUUUUUGCACUGAGAGUUUUUUGGUUUUUGUUUUUAACAAUGUCUUUUUGGAGUAAUGAAUGACUGGUUUCAUUUGAAUGCUAGCUCAUAGAGUAUGUUUACAAUGUGCGUAUGGAAACAUUGUGAAUUGCACCUCAGAUGUUUCAUUUGACAUACAACUUUCUUAAGUUUUAUGGGGAGAUAUUUUUUUUCUAUGAACUAUUUUGUGUGUUUUUUUUUCGUAAAUCAAUGCAACUACUUGGGCUUAUAGUAUGAAAUUUGUUUUUAGGGUGCAUAGCAUAGUUGAGAUAUGCUUAUAUUUUCAAGUAUUAUUGGCAUCAUUCGUAGUUUUAUUAUUUUUCUUAGGUGACUACUAAAACUUUCCUAUUAGAAACUUUUGAAAUUCUGGAUUUUUGAAAGUACUAUGAAUUAUGGUUGAGGUGCAUUUUUAAUGAUAAGAUGAAAAUCUUUUAAGGGACCAUGUAUAUAUUGCAGCUGAACUAAUACAUAAAUUAUUUUUAUACAUUAUAUAUUUUAUAGAUUUGGAAGGCAUCUUCUUUAAAAUAAACAUAUAGAAAGUGUUUGGAAGUAUGUGCGCAUGUUAUUUUAAUAGGUUUUUGCCAGAUUUCUUUAAUAGUUUCUUUGUAGUAAAUGAGAUAUAGACCUUUCCUUUUUGCUCCUGAUGACUAUGCCUGGCAGUGGCCCAUCAGAGGUGGCAGAUCCCAUGAGAGUGCUUGUAGUCAGUAGGAGAAGAAUAUGUCUUCAGUAGAGCUGGUCCUAGAAUUUGGGACUCACCUGGAGAAGAUUUUCUAAAUACAGCCACUGUUACUGCUUUUCAGAUGUCUGAGUUGGUUUCUGAGGAUCCUCUGGGAAUGUGGUUCUAGAUGGUCUCCAGGUGGUACUUAUGUCUGCUUUCCCUGGAGAAUUGUAUAGUAAAAUUUUAAUGCCAAAUAUAUCUGACCAACUUAACUUCUAAUAAUCAGGAAUAUCAAGGAAAAUUACUUAUCAGGGAUAAUGACCUUUUGCCUAGAAUGAAUAAAAAAUAGUGUUUAUAUUUCUUGCAUAAAGCUAUUUCUUAGUGAACAUUGAGUAGCUGCCAUCUAAGUAGGAAUAUUUUUUUUUUCUGGAAGCUACUUCACUAUUCCUUGAUUUCUUUCUUUCUUCCUUCCUUCCUUCCUUCCUUCCUUUCUUUUUUUUUGUGUGUGUAUAUUCAGUUUUUCCAGUAGUUUUAGCUGUACAUAAUACUGUCAUAUCCAGUAUUCUUCUGAGCCACAGCACGAGUCCCACAUAAAAUUUGUAACUGAGUAUUUCAUUGUUUAUAAUGUCUAGGAGAUUGUAAAAUCCAGAACAUGCAUUUUAGGAUUAGCAUUAACAUUUGGGUUACCCCCAGCUACUCUUGGGUUGUCUAGUCUUUCACUUCCAUCAGUUCGGUAGCUGACUUCUGUAUGUGACUUACCAAUUAGAGUUAUGUAUAGGCAUUGUCCCGUUUAGAGUGGAAUUGUAUUCUGAGAGUUUGUGACGCAUCAUUACUCUGGAUAGAGUAAGCCCUAUGCAAGUGGUUCUCUUUGCACAUAAAGCCACAAAUUCUCACUUAAUCCACACUGAAGAGUGUGAUAGUAUUAUUUUACUUUUUAAUGACAGUAAUUUUCAAGAAGAAAAACAAUACUUUGAGAACUGUACUGUUUUAAGUGAACCAUGUGUUCCUUUGUUGGCUGAUUAGGAUUGAAACUACCACUUGUCUUGGCUACUGUGCUUAGCCAAGACAAGGCCUCUUGACACUUGACAAGGCCUCGCCCUUUUGGCUGUGGGAAUGUCACAGUUUCUGAGACUCAGAGUGUGAAGCCAAGAAACCUCUUUGCUGCUUCCACUUGUUGCCAUGGUCCUUGGCAAAGAGGUGUGCUCAUUGAUAAAUAAACCGUUGUUAGAGUGUUUACACUAAAUAUAUACUGGCUGCUGCUCAUUGACCAAUUGCUGUCUUCGUAGCUCAGGGAUGUUGAGUGUGUAAGGCUUACUUUAUUUUCUCUUUCAGAUGUUCAUGGUGACAAACAAAGCCAUUUUUUUUUGUUUUAUGAUCACAUGUCUCUAUUUACAUAGGAAUACAAUAAAAUUAGUCCUAAAUGAUGUGAAAAAUGUUCAAAAAUUUUGCUUUUUGUUCUUUUUGUUCUACUGUGUCCAUGAGUAUUUUGUCCUGUCUUUGUAAAGGACAGAAUUCUUAAAAUCGAUUGUCUAGAACCAGGAAUUCAUUCAGUACAGAACACUUAGCUUUUCCUUUUUUUCCAUUUGUGUUCUCACCUAUUUACCCUCUUGGCUUUCAAUCUUAAUUUCUUGCAGUAUCUGGGCCAUCCUGCAUCUAGUUGUCACCCCAGUGAUAGUGUCAGGAAGGUGCUUUGGCUAUAAAGGAAGCACUAAAGAUAAUACAGUGCAGAGAAGAAGAACAAGUUUGUAAAUGGCUGCUAUUUUUUAGAUUGGCCUUGAACCUAUAUUUGGAUUAUUAAAUUUUGGAAAAAAUGAUGUAUCAUCAAUUUUCUUUUUUAGGUCCACAAAUAUAUAUAUAUACACAAUAUAUAUAUUAUUUGUUGAUAAAAUUUAUUUAUAAUAAAUACAUAAAUAUUUGUUUAUAAAAUGAGUUAUGUAGUAGCUUAGAAAUUGUUUUCUGUUAUUUUAGUAAUGGAAUGUGUGUAAACAAAGAUAAUGUUGACUAGAAAGGGAAGAAUUAAUAGAUAAUUCUAUUACGUUUGUACCUAUAAUUAUAUAAAACUUGGUAAUUGUGUAAGUGAUUUUCAGGCUGUUGGAAAUAUGUCACAUUCUGAGUGUAUAUGUACAUUUUUAUAAAAGCUAUGUUGAAAGAAAUUACAGUUCUGAGGGUUUCUUAAGUUAGGUACUUACCCCUGAGAAGUUUCUAUAGAAAUUUGAUACUUCAGAAUGGUAUUUUGUAAUUAAUAUGGAAAGUACUACUGUUUCAUGUCUAUAAAUGAACUAAAAACAGUC